AUGGCCCAGAGCAAGGCCGGCAGGAGGCGGCGGUCGAGCAGUAUUAUCUACCAGGAGCCUCCGGAGUCGAUCGAGCGGACAAGCGACCAGGCGGCCCUGCCCAAUCUGAACGCCAACUGGGUCAAUGCCAAGGGUGCCUGGACCAUCCAUUUCGUUUUAAUCGGCUGCCUCAAGAUCUUCUACGACAUCAUCCCUGGCGUUUCACAGGAGACCUCCUGGACUCUCACCAACAUCAGCUACAUGUUCGGCUCCUUCAUCAUGUUCCACUGGGUGCGGGGUAUCCCAUUCGAGUUCAACGCGGGCGCCUACGACAACCUCAAUAUGUGGGAACAGAUUGACAAUGGGGACCAGUAUACGCCGGCCAAGAAGUUCCUGCUUUGCGUCCCCAUCGUCUUGUUCCUCCUCAGCACCCACUACACCCACUACGACCUGACAUACUUCACCAUCAACUUCCUCGCCACGUUAGGCGUGGUUAUUCCGAAGCUUCCUUUUUCUCACCGUCUGCGGAUAGGACUCUUCUCCGACGAACCGGACGAUUUAUAA